AUGUCUCAGCUUGCUAUGUCUUCCCCCGCCACUCUUGUCAAUCUGCCACGUGAGCUGCAGGUCAUGAUCAUGCAACGUGCACUUCCUUGUGAUUUUGAGUCCCUCAUCCUCACGUGCAAGCAACUUCAUGCGGUCGCCCUCCCAGUUCUAUCUCGACAUAAUGCUCUGCGACGAAAGUACCGGCGCUUUCACUUCACCGACUCGUACCAUCACCGGGAGAAGGAGGACAUCACUGAGACAGUGACACAGCUCUUAUUGGAUAUUGCAGCGGACCCAUUCAUCGCUCACCAUAUCGUUCAUGGUGACUUCAGCGACCGGGUCUGUACUGAUGGGAUCCGGCAAAGUUCUGAAAAUUACCGGGGUGCCGUUCUGCAGCGCCUGGAGAAAGAACAGGACAACUUGAAGGCCCUUGUCCAAGGUUCGCUCCACCUGGCGAUGCUGGGUUUGGACACCGGUGUCUGGUUCGACAAUAUUGUUGCUGAUAGGGACCAGUAUGAUGAACAAGUGGAUUACCCGCUUGCGUUUCUGCUCAGCCUGCUUCCCAAUCUUGAGUCCCUGACGCUUCCAGGAGAAUGGCGGCCUGCCUCAGUAUUCACUCAACCGGACGACUGGGAGCCUGUUGACGACAUUCAAAAGGGCGUUCAAGACCUUAUAAAUCUACUGGUCACUCGUGCAAACGACACCGAGAACGUUAUGGGAGACCAGCCUUUGCGUAAACUCCACAGCCUGCACCCCACCAAGAAUGUUGACACCCAGUUCGGUACGAAUAUCAGUUCAAUCGCACCGUUUUUAGCGCUUGAUUCUUUGCGUGAGGUUCACCACGAUUCAGGGGUAUGCGAUCUGGUUGAGCAUAAACCAAAGAAGAAGAACAAUGGCGGAUUGUCUGUGGCGAUACUUGAUUUCCAGGCCCGAGGCAGAUACCAAGUGCUCGGCAGGAACUUAGAAACUGCAGUUUUCGAAGAUGUCGUGAUCAGUGGCGAAGCAUGCGAGCCAUUAUUCAGGGACAUGCAUAACUUGAAAGUGCUUGACGUGGAAUACAACAUGAAGGAUGAAAUUGGUUAUGACUGGGAGCCUGAGACGUUUCUCUCCGGCCUGAUGAGCCUAGGCAAGACCCUUAAAAGUCUUAGCCUCACAGCGAACAAUCUUGGCCCUGACCACGGGCGUAUAUUCUACCCGGAAGGAGAUCUAAAGGGUUUACAACCCUUUGAGGUACUUACUUACCUAAAACUGGACACUAAGCUCUUUAUCCAUAGCAGGGCUGUCGUCGACAACUUCGAUGCCGAGCCAACAGACGAAGAUGACAUUGAGACCCCUUCGUUGAUAGAUAUUGCCCCUCGUAACCUGAGGACAUUCGUGUUGCAUGUCCCAGCUACCCAAGAGGAUUACGUCGUGAUGGAGUGUCUGUUUGUUGACCUCGGUGACCGACGAAAUGAGUUGCCGGAUUUGAAUACAAUCAAAGUUGUCAUCGAGCGGCAAGAUGUCUGGGGCGAUGAUAUCGAAGGCUGGAGUGAGCACGCUGAGAAGAUCAAAGCCUUUUGCGCGGCGAAGGAUAUUAAAGUUACAAUGCUAUAG